CACUCAGACUACGUGUUCCUCUGCAGCAGGUGCAGGCCCAGCAGUCACCAUUUCUGAUAACUUCCAUGUGGAUUCUGAUGGCAGUGAUUCUUCAGACUCAGAGUCUGAUCUCCUGUUGGGCUUUCUGGACAGUCUGGACCCAGAGAUGUUUCUCAAAUGUGGUGAUUCAGAGUCAACGUGCCUGGAGAAGCUGGAGGAAGAGAUCUGUGGAGAAUCAAGUACCAUACCAACCUCCCCCUCUCCCUCUUUGGGGUCCUCAUCAGCUAAGCUGGAGGCCAUUAAUGAACUGAUAAGGUUUGAUCAUGUGUACACAAAGCCCCUGAUACUGGAGUUUCCUGUUAAAAUGGGCAACCAAACCAAUAUGCUAGUGAAAAUUGAGGAAGUCUCUCUCUCUCCAUGUGAAGACAAAGCUGUCCCCGAGAUCCCCGUAUCUGUGAAAGAGGAACCUGUAGACAGCUUCAUCCCUGAACUGGGCAUCUCUCAUCUGCUUUCCUCUCAUCGUAGCCUUGCAGCCUCAAGCUAUCUGUUGGAUGCCUGUAGUGACUCUGGAUACGAAGGAUCCCUGUCGCCCUUCAGUGACUUGUCGUCUCCACUUGAUGCUGACCCUGCUUGGGAGGAUAGCUUUCCCCAACUGAUCAGUGUCUAA